AUGUCAUUAGAAACAACUGAUGACAACUAUUCAAUUGCAUGGAGUUCAAUUUGUCAACGUUAUCAAAACCGGCGGUUAAUUGUAGGCACUCACGUUGCGGAGUUAUUCAAGUUGCCAAAGCAGAAGACGGAAACUGCUAGAGGUCUUCAAAAAUUAGUCAACAACUUAAAUAGUCACAUUCGUUCAUUGUCAUCUUUAGGACAACCAACGGACAAGUGGGACGCCAUAUUAAUUCAUUUAGGGACUAGCAAAAUACAUGCAGUUACUCUGCGUGAAUGGAAAUGUACACGGACUAACGACGAGCCGCCAACAAUAAGUGAGUUUGGAGAUUUUCUCAACAAAAGGUGCUUAAUUUUAGAAUCUGUUGAGGCGGCUAAUCAUAUUAAGUCCAACGCGGAAACUUCACGGGAUAAAAUAAAGGAGCCAGAGAGAAGGUGUCAAUGGUCAAAGGCACUUGUUGUGUAUCUAACAGAGAAGCACAGCCGGAAAAAAGGCGUCAAACUGUGUAAGGGUAAUCAUUGGGUGCAUAAGCGUGAAAAAUUAGCAACAGGCACAAUUGAAGAGAGAGUUCAACAAAUUCGUGAGGCCAGGUUGUGUCUAAACUGUCUUCGACCAGGUCACUAUGCUGCAUUUUGCAAAAAUGGCAGUUGCAAAUUGUGUGGGAAGGGUCAUAACACGCUUAUUCACCGAAACAAUGAAGUAGCCCAGGUAGAGAAAACUGUAGCAAAUGUAGUAAAAGCUGAAGGCGGAUCGGUUCUGCUGUCUACAGCGAUGGUUCGUGUGGUAAAUACACAAACCGGUAAGUCUUAUAUGGCCAGAGCACUGCUAGAUUCUGGUUCGAUGUCUAAUUUUCUGGCGAAUUAG